CGUGUCUCCCACAUUUGCCAGAGAUUUCUCAACGCACACAACGUCUAUCACACUUGCCAGAGACAACCCAACCUCCGUACAAGUUUUUACCCCUCAGCUUAUCAUCAUGGUCAGUGUUAGACAUCAGGGGGUUGGCCUGGUGAUAUUCGCCUUGAGUUUGUCCAGUCUGGAUGCAGGAUCUUGUGGAACAUCUUCCUACAAUCCAACUUUUAACAUCUGCUGCAAAGGGGUUAUCAAGCCUAAGGGCUUUAAUGGGGCCUGCUGUGGCACCAACGUGUAUGACUCCAAGUGGAACAUAUGUUGUAACGGCAUCAUCCGGUCUAAGGGCUUUAAUGGGGCCUGCUGUGGCACCAAGGUGUAUGACUCCAAGUGGAACAUAUGUUGUAACGGCGUCAUCCGGUCUAAGGGCUUUAAUGGGGCCUGCUGUGGCACCAAGGUGUAUGACUCCAAGUGGAACAUAUGUUGUAACGGCGUCAUCCGGUCUAAGGGCUUUAAUGGGGCCUGCUGUGGCACCAACGUGUAUGACUCCAAGUGGAACAUAUGUUGUAACGGCGUCAUCCGGUCUAAGGGCUUUAAUGGGGCCUGCUGUGGCACCAACGUGUAUGACUCCAAGUGGAACAUAUGUUGUAACGGCGUCAUCCGGUCUAAGGGCUUUAAUGGGGCCUGCUGUGGUACCAACGUGUAUGACUCCAAGUGGAACAUAUGUUGUAACGGCGUCAUCCGGUCGAAAAGCCUAAACUGGACCUGUUGACAGUACCAAUCAUUGAUGCCUACUGCUGUUUGCUCAACAAUAUUAAAAUUAUUGAUACGUAUGCACAUUGAAGAAAAAUUCCUGUAAUACAUUGCUUGAAUUCUUGGGCUCUGUCCUAAAUAAACUUUGUUCUGGUUUGCA